GAAGGCCACCAGAGAAAGGAUUGCUAUGAUGCCCAUCAAGAGUAUAGUCACGUGUUUGUUUCUUGCUCUGGUACUGGCUCUAUGGAUAGGGGGCAGCUUCGCAUGUUUUAUCUCCAACUGUCCCAAGGGAGGUAAACGAUCAAAUUCUCGUCCAAUUAGACAGUGCCUAGAAUGUGGACCAGGGGGAGUAGGUAGAUGCAUGGGACCGGGAAUCUGCUGCGGACCAACUAUUGGAUGUCACAUCAACACACAACACACACUCUCCUGUAUGAGGGAAAACGAGAUCUCAACGCCAUGUGAACUCCCAGGGAGCCCAUGUCAGUCUGUGCCAAGCGGUACGUGUGGAGCAAUGGGCGUAUGCUGCAAUAGUAAUACUUGUUCAGAAGAUGCAUCUUGCCUGAUGAUUGAAGAGGACGACUCCCUUAGUAGAUACGAGCAGAUGAGCCGGGAGGACAGCGGGUCAACAAGGAAAGAUCUCCGGGUUAAACUUCUCGAUUUACUUUUGAACAUGCAGGAUCAAUAACAAUAAACUGGAAAUUGUUUAAAAUUUCGCCAAUAAAAUCUUAUGAAAAAGUCAUUUUGAAAAAAAUCCAUACAACAUUUCCUGAAUUUAAAACAACUCCCGCCAUCCCAUUUUGCCCGUCCAUUUUCUUUUUGGAUGCUCUGUUCCCGACAUGUUUGUUUCUUUAUGAUACCAAUAGGCACUGCUCACUCUUUUUCGACUUUCAUUACCACCAAUACUUAGGGUGAGCUCAGCGAAAACCGAAAUAUAUAACUGAAUCAUAAAUGAGACAUUUUCGUGCUUUUUUUCAUGGUAAAUGAGGAAAUUGUGUAAUAUUUGUAAAUAAUUACAUAAAGAUAUAUUUAGGACAAUUUCACAUUUGCUUGUAUUCCGUGCUUCAUAUUAUAUUAUGUGAUUAUUUUUUCCCUGCACAUGGGCACAUAGUAUAGGAGAUAAUCGAGUUCAAAUUUAAUUUUCAGAAAUGAGACGAAGGGUGGCUUAAAUCAUUCCAUUACAAAGGAUUACGAAUCUAAUCAUGUUAAUGCUUCGUGAUAUAUU